UAGAAUUCAUUCCUCUCAAAAACUAACAAACAUAAUCGCUAAGUUAACUUGAGCGUCUAGGUCUUUUACUUUUGGUACUUUUAUUGGAAUUCAUAUUCCUAAUUGUAUUGCCAUUUUAAUUUUUUAAUUUUGUCAAAAACACUUCAAAACAAAUAGAGGUAUAUGACAUGUGUUCAUGUGCCUCGUAUGAUGUAUUAAAAACUUUGUAGGAUGUUUUGCCUAUCUUUUAGUAUAUGAAUGUGUGAAUCUUCAGCAAUCUUUUAUAGAAGGGGUAGAAUCUAAUUCACUAAGAUGGUGAGAUAGACCCUUAUUAAUGAAAUUUUAAUCAUCUAAAAAAACAAGAUAAAGGAAUAUUUAAUUACAAAAUUUGGGUAUGUAACAGAUAAAUUGAUGAAAAAAUCACACAAUUCUAGAUUAUAGAAGACCCAACUACGAAACGCAGGAAGAAACUAUCAAGCUUUGUGUCCACCUUCUCCGUCCCCGCAUCGGUAACUUUACCGGUUUACCCUCCAGACGCCUUUCAGACGCCAUUCCUCAAACACCUUCCAAACACUAUUUGGUUCUUUCAAUUUCAAAUACUUAACAACACUCUCGUGAAAACAAAAGAGUGACAAAAACUGCCAACAUUUCAUGGCUUCCAAUCCUUCUCUUCAAUUUGGUUUUCAAGGCAACAUAGAUCCAAACCCAUGUGCUGGUGAAUCAUCGGCUACGCUUUUAAUCAAACACCUUCCAGACGCCAUUCCUCAUGACACCCUUUCGCGUCUCUUGUCUCAUUACGGUGCUUCCUCUGUUCGCCCUUGCUCUCGUGGAAGAUUGAGAAAUUGUGCUUUUGUGGAUUUCAAAAAUGAUAUGCUGGCAUCUCAAGCACACCGUCAAUUAAAUGGGUUGAAAUUUCUUGGUAAAGUAUUGUCAGCAGAGAGAGCUAGUAAGCCAAUUGAGAAUGGGGAUAAAAGCCGUGGAGCUCAGCUGGGAAAAGACUCUAAAACAUCAGCCGUGAAGAAUGAAAAUGUAACCAAACCUAUUGAUGGAGAUACAAAAUCAGGAGGCCUUCCUAUUCCAGAGCCAAUUGCCCAUAGACUUGGUGUUGAUUAUCCAUUUCCUCCUCAUCUCGAGUAUGCUUAUCCUCCACCGGAUGGAAAUAUACUGACCAACAUUGUGAAUGCUCUAAUUGCUGUUCCUCGCUUUUAUACUCAGGUUCUACACUUGAUGAACAAAAUGAACAUCCCGGCUCCAUUUCGUAUGGCACUACCCACACCACCAUUACCUCCAGAGGUGCCAGCCCCGCCCCCACCUGUGCCUCCUCCUCAUUCUGUAACUGUGAAGCCUCAGUCCGCAGAUAUGUCUAGUGAUGAAUCAGAAAUGGAAUCUUCAGAUGAGGAGGAUGGAGCAAGAACAGAAAGUUCUGGACGAAAGCGAGCCAGGCGUGAGGCCAUUGUUGGCCCUGCUAUUGAUAAAGAUGUGGCUCAUGAGUCUGUCGGAGUAAAACCUGCCACCUUGAUCCCAAAAGAAAUCCCAAUGAUAAAAAAGAACCAUGUCUUAAAGAUCAAUAUUGCUCCCAAAGCAUCCCUGAAAGAACAUAAGGAUAAUGACACAAAGCAAGAGUUACAAGAGCCAGAUAAAGAAGCUCUGGAUCCCAACAAAUUUUUGACUACCGAUGAAUUAGAGAGAGGAAAGUUGCCUCCUGAGGAGAUCUUAUCUCUUCCAAUGUUUAAGAACUAUACAGCUGGAAAUCCUGCUUCUGUGUUGUAUAUUAAGAAUUUGGCAAAAGAUGUGAUUGCUGAUGAUUUCUAUUUUUUAUUUGGGUCCUUCUUUGGAAGUACCGAGGCUGCUAAGUCUGGUCUGCAAGUCAAACUGAUGCAGGAAGGAAGGAUGAGGGGUCAAGCUUUUGUAACAUUCCCCUCCACAGAACUGGCUCAUCGUGCUCUGAAUCUAGUGAAUGGAUAUGUAUUCAAAGGCAAACCAAUGAUCAUUCAGUUUGGUCGGAACCCUGCUGCUGCCAAGGGAACUUAAAUCUAUGGACAGAGAAGGGAUGUUUCCUGUAUUAAGUUUUAAGAAGCACGCAAUUCUUCAUAUCACAUUGCUUGAAUACUUGCAUAACUACAGAUCGUUAAUGAUGCAUUCUUCAUUCAAUGACUGGGAGAGUACUCUGAGAUGGAACUAGACGUGGCUACAUCAACAUUCGCUAGUGUUACUAUGCACUCUCCUUAGUUAGUUAUGUAGUGAGAUGCUGAGAUAUAAAACUAAUUUGCAUGGGAAUUUAGAAUUCAGAACCAGAUUGUUAGCAAGAGGAGUUGGAAAGGCAGACCAAGAUUCUUACGAAGGAAGUACUGCUGUUAUUGCUGUAGUUGGUCCUUUUUGGCACCCAAACAAUUGAUUAACUUUAUCAUACUACAAACAUGAUGAUCCUUUGGUUGAAUUAAGCGCACAGAAAGCAUAGGGUGACACUUAGUUCAUUUCCUGUAGUACUAAACAUUAAUAGGAAACUUGGCUACAAUUAUGGGCAUGGCAGCAAUGUGUUGAUUGUAGUUUUUGUUUUAUUUUUUUCUUCCUAUUUUUAAGGAAUUUGUAGAUGUAUUUUUUAUUUGUAAAAGCUCUUUCAAAAUAUUCAAUUUUUUAUUGCAAAAGCAAAAUGAAUAUUUUAUGUAUAUA